CCUAAGCAUAAGUUCCACAAUCCCACGCCAUUUUCCAGCUUCCAAAAUCCGAACCAAAACCCAACAUAUAUUCUGUUUUCUACAAACCCACAAGUUACUAGAACAAAAACGGGGUAAUUACCAACAACUUAACCUUAAUUAAAGACAGUACUAUAUCAACAAAGCAUGGCUGGUGCUGGUGCUGGUGCUGGUGCUUCAGAAAAGGAGAAAGAGGUUGAGGCAGUCAUUAUAGGCAACUACAUUGAAAUGGAGAAAGAUGAACCAAAGCCUUCUAGCUUCAAAACCGCUCUCUCUAACCUCCUUUGGCACGGUGGUUCGACUUAUGACGCUUGGUUUAGCUGUGCAUCUAAUCAGGUAGCACAAGUGUUGUUGACACUGCCAUACUCAUUCUCACAACUAGGGAUGUUAUCAGGACUGUUGUUCCAGGUUUUUUAUGGGAUUUUAGGCAGUUGGACUGCUUAUCUAAUUAGCAUCCUCUAUGUUGAGUAUAGAACCAGGAAGGAAAGAGAAAAGGUUGAUUUCAGGAAUCAUGUCAUUCAGUGGUUUGAGGUGCUAGAUGGACUACUAGGGAAACAUUGGAGAAACGUUGGUUUGGCAUUUAAUUGCACAUUUCUUCUCUUUGGAUCUGUCAUUCAACUUAUUGCCUGUGCAAGCAACAUAUACUACAUAAAUGAUAAUCUGGACAAGAGAACUUGGACCUACAUCUUUGGGGCGUGCUGUGCUACCACUGUCUUUAUUCCUUCAUUUCACAACUACAGAAUUUGGUCCUUCCUUGGCUUAAUCAUGACCACUUAUACUUCUUGGUAUCUCACCAUUGCCUCCAUUCUUCACGGCCAGGUGGAAGGUGUGCAACACUCAGGGCCGACCAAGUUGGUAUUAUACUUCACAGGGGCCACAAACAUUCUCUACACGUUUGGAGGACAUGCUGUUACUGUGGAGGUAAUGCAUGCAAUGUGGAAGCCACAAAAGUUCAAGGCCAUAUAUUUACUAGCAACUCUGUAUGUAAUGACAUUGACGUUACCCUCAGCAUCAGCAGUGUAUUGGGCGUUCGGAGACUUACUUCUUGAUCACUCGAAUGCUUUCUCUUUGCUUCCUCGGUCUCCAUUCCGCGACAUGGCUGUCAUUCUCAUGCUCAUCCACCAGUUUAUAACCUUUGGGUUUGCGUGUACACCCUUGUAUUUCGUAUGGGAGAAGGCAAUAGGUUUACAUGACUGUAAGAGCAUGUGUAAACGGGCAGCGGCCAGGCUUCCAGUUGUGAUCCCAAUUUGGUUCUUAGCCAUCAUUUUCCCUUUCUUCGGUCCCAUUAAUUCUGCUGUUGGAUCACUCCUUGUUAGCUUCACCGUCUACAUUAUCCCCGCCUUAGCUCACAUGUUCACCUUCCGUUCUGCUGCUGCUCGAGAGAAUGCGGUGGAGCAACCGCCUAAAUUUCUAGGAAGGUGGACAGGAGCAUUUGCCUUCAACAUAUUUGUGGUAGUAUGGGUGUUUGUGGUAGGGUUUGGGUUUGGUGGAUGGGCUAGCAUGAUCAAUUUUGUUCACCAAAUUGACACCUUUGGUUUGUUUACUAAAUGUUACCAGUGCCCUUCACCUAAGGUUGCCAAUGUCACCGCUCCUCCGCCUUCCCCGGCUAGCCUCAACCACACUCAGCACCUUCUCCAUCGUCUUUGAUCGAUUUUGCUCCCGAUAUCAUCUACUGAUCAAUUACGUGCUUUACGAGUUCAAUCCUACCGAAUGUUUGGUUUGCCAUAGUCUUGACUCUUAGAGUCUCCACCUAAUGCUCAAAAUGAACCCAACAAUGAGUCUUAGGGGAAGGUGGAUGCAUGGCUUAACAUGGUUGAGAUCUAAAUGAGUUAGGACAAAGGAAAUUUGUAGUUUAGAAAUGUUUGCUAUGAUUUUGAGAAUCUCUUGUAUGAAAUAUCUGAGAGUAUGUAACUUAGCGAUGAGUAUUGACUUCUCCAAAAAUGGAUCGAUAUGCAAUCUCUUUUAUGACAA